AUGAAAUCUUUAUGUAGCGAUCGUCUUAUUUUCUCUUUCAAUAUCUUGACUUAUUUAUUUCUAUUGACUCGGUGUAAUAUUAUUGGCGGAUCUGAGUCUUGUUUGUUACCCAAUGUUUCCUAUACAAUUUGUUUAUCUUCUGAUACAAAUAUUGUAGUUACAUCGAAAUCAUUUACAAGAACUGAUUUAAUUAAUGAAUGUCAUCAAGAUUUUAUUGAAAAAUUUCUUAAUAAAUCUUGUCACAAUUCAUCAUUACCAUCUACUAGACGUGUAACUCUGACCACAGCUGAAAGUUAUGGUUAUGGGCUUUUAGCUGUAUUUACCAUAUCAAUUUUAUCAAUUGGCGGUUUACUCACUUUUCCCAUUCUUUAUAGUGUAUCUUUUAAGUAUGUGCUUAAUUUAUUUACUGCUCUGGCUGUUGGAACACUUUUUGGUGAUACAAUGUUUCAUUUAAUUCCUUUCGCACUUGGUCUUCAUAAUCAUCGUCAAUAUGAUGAACAUGCACAUUCAUUGUUUUCCGUACCUGAUUAUGUAUGGAAGAUGUUAGUGAGUGUAUCAGUUCUCUAUGUUUUUUAUUUAUUGGAAUUUUUUCUUCACUCAUGUGCACAUUCUGGACAUGAGCAUACUCAUGUAUUUAUCGAUAAUCAUACAAUGCCUCAUCAUGAACAUUCACAUGUGAAUGUAGAAAUUUGUGAAUUUACCCCAAUGAAUGCUGAUGUUGACUUAGAAAAUCGUCAUCAAUCACAUACAUAUAGGAAUGAUAAUUGUGAUCAACAUGAGUCAAAUGAAACCAAUACAAAAGUUAUAGCAAAUCAAAUAAAUGAUGAUAAUGAUGAUAAUAAUAACAACAAUCAUUCCGUAUGUUUUCCUUGUACUCGUUUACAUGGAAAAUUACCAAACUCAUUAUUUUCACAUGUUUUAAAAAAAUAUUCAUCAAAAACUACUCGACAUACACCAGUUUCUGUUGUUGUUACUGGUUUAAAAGAGAACAACGAAUUGAAGAAUACCAAUCCAUUUAUUCAAAAAUUUAAAAAAAUUGAUUCAACUGGUUGGAUGGUAUUGAUUGGUGAUGGUAUUCAUAAUUUUGCUGAUGGUCUUGCUAUGGGUGCAGCAUUUAGUCAAGAUCUUCUUUUAGGUGUAACAACAACAUUUGCUAUUGCUUUACAUGAAUUACCACAUGAAUUUGGUGAUUAUGCUAUUUUGAUUCAAUCUGGUUUUUCACAUUCUCGAGCUAUUUUAUGGAAUUUUCUUUCUGCAAUGACUGCUUUUAUUGGUUUUUUUGUUGGCAUAACAUUAUCAAGUAAUGAUCAUAUUCGUCAAUGGAUAUUUGCAGUUACUAUUGGCAUGUUUAUCUAUAUUGCACUUGUUGAUCUUUUACCAGCUUUAUUAUCUCACAAUCAAACUGAUUUAAAACGUUUUAUACUUGUUAAUAUUGGAAUUUUAGUUGGUAUUGCAAUUAUGUUUAUAUUAGCUUUAUUUGAAGAUACUUUAAUUCGAUCAUCAGCAUAG